AUGGCCGGGACUCCACCUUCCUCCCCUACCGCCUCCGCCAAAGCUUGUGCCGCCCAGGCUGAGGCUGACGCCAAAGCCAAGGCUGCCCGUCAGCGAACGCCGAGCGUGAGCGCGCCGCUGCGCCCCCCCUCUGACGACGAAGACGACGCCAAGGAGGACGACAACGCCGGCGGCGGCCCCUCUGAUCUGCACCAGGCCUUGCUGCUGCACGAGGCCGCCGCCAUCAUCAACCUCCAUGCACAGGCCGUGGCGGUGCAGAACAUCCUUAGUCUGAUCUCCGUCGUCCUCGACGUCUCCUCCGGCAACUACACUCGUUGGCGCGACCAGUUCCUCCGCACUGUUGGGAAAUUCUCCCUCCAGGGACACGUCCUCCUCGAAGAACUAGUUGCCACCUAUCUGGAUUGGGCGUGCAUGGAUUGCAUCGUCAAAUCCUGGAUCCUCGGCACGAUCUCCAACGACCUCGUCGACACCAUCUCCUCGCGGGGUUCCACUGCUCGUGCCGCCUGGGUUGCCGUGGAAUCUCAAUUCCUCAGCAAUCGCGAGACCCGGGCGCUCUACCUCGACGUCCAGUUUCGCGGCUUCACCCAGGGUUACCUCUCCAUCACUAACUACUGCAGGUGCCUCAAGCAGAUGGCGGACGACCUCGGCGAUCUCGGCGAAACGGUCAUCGACCGCACGAUCGUCCUCAACCACAUCCGUGGCCUCAACGAGUGGUACGGCAACAUCGGCCUCCAUCUUCGCCACAGGCACCCGUUCCCCUCGUUCCUCGAGGUCAAGGACGCCCUGCUUCUGGAGGAGCUCACCCUGAAGCACCAGUCCUCCACGCCCGCUGCCUUCGUCGUGUCUCACGCUACCGCCCCCGUCCAGGCGACGACGGGGGGCGGCAGCGCCGGCAGCGGCAGUGGGGGCUCCGGGGGCACCUCAUCCAAGGCGUCCAAGAACCGCCGCAGCAAGUGCGGCGGCAAGAAGGACGGCACCGGCGGUCAGGCCGGCCAAGCCGGCCAGGCUUCCUCCGGCUCCAAAGGCGGCCAGCCGUGGCCCUCUUUCUGGAACCCCUGGACCGGGUCCAUCCAGAUGUGGCCCGGCUCCAGGCCUCCCCUCGCGCCGCUCCCUCAGCCGCGCCCGCCCCAGCAGCACCUACAGCAGCAGCAGCAGGCGCUACUGGCCUACCAGCAGGCGUUGCUCACCUCUCCGCCACAGCAGCAGCCUGCUGUCUCGUCGUCUGCUGCCUCCACCAUCACAGCUGGGCAGUGGGCGCCUCCGCCGGGUUUCUACAACCCCCUCUCUGGUCUCCCUUCAUGGGACCAGCAAUCGCUCGCGUCCGCCUUCAGCAUCGGCACACUGAACCAGCCACAGAACAACAACUGGUAUUUCAACACAGGAUCUCAUGAGCAGGAAGCUGAUCAUCAGUUUAACGCCACCGUCAAGGCCAUCCAGUGCGACAACGGCAAAGAGUUCGAUAACUCUAGCGCCCGCAUCUUCUUCCUGACCCAUGGUGUUCACCUGCGCAUGUCCUGCCCCUACACCUCCGCCCGAAACGGCGUCCGGUUCCCCAUCCUUUUGGGUCGAGGCACUCCAUACGGCGACCCACCUUCUGAACAUCUUCCCCACCAAGACACUCAAUAUGUCUACGCCACACGCAGCCUUGUUCGGCUCUCCCCCGACGUAUGA